CUUGCUACUCACUCUCAGUUGGAUCGGCGCGUCAAACGGUUAUCGCUCGCCGGCGCGCUUUCUCCUUGCUCUGCGCCCCCUCACUAAAGACCCACCGCAUUUAACAGUUGUUUUGCUGCGAAGAAGAGAAGGAAAGCAAGCGCCAGAAGAAGAUCGAAAGUAAGAAGAAGAAUCAAGUCGAGCAAUGACAAAGAUAGGCGGAAAUUUGGCCGAGAUGCUGCUGUUGCUGUCAGUGAUUUUGAGUGCGUUUGCCACUGGCAACGGCAACUCCAUUCCGACGACCACGACGCCGCAGGGAAUAUUCGAGACCCGGACGGACAAGCUGCCCAACGGGGCUGCCCCCCUGACUCCCACUGGAGCAGGUCUCUACGAUGACAUAGACACCUUCGUCCCCUUCCGAAGCGACUCGCACGACCCUUUCUCGUGGCACCUGCUCAAAACUGUUCUGCAAAACGAGACUGCAGCCAAGAAUGUAAUCAUCUCGCCGUUUUCCGUCAAACUGGUCCUGGCCCUGUUGGCCGAGGCGUCAGGAGCUGGCACGCAGACACAACUGGAGCUGGCCAACACGCAGACCGACAUCCGUUCGCAGAACAACGUGAGGGAGUUCUACCGCAAGACACUAAACUCGUUUAAGAAGGAGAACCAGCUGCACGAGACGCUUAGUGUGCGCACCAAGCUCUUCACCGACAGCUUCAUCGAAACCCAGCAGAAGUUUACGGCCACGCUCAAGCACUUCUACGACAGCGAAGUGGAGGCUCUGGACUUCACCAAUCCGGACGCGGCGGCCGACGCCAUUAAUUCCUGGGCGGCCAAUGUCACGCAGGGCAAACUCCAGCAGCUGGUGGCUCCGGACAAUGUGCGCAGCAGCGUAAUGCUUUUGACCAAUCUGAUCUACUUCAACGGCCUGUGGCGUCGGCAGUUCGGCACCACCUUGCGGGGCCCCUUCUUCCGCAGCAAGGACGACCAGUCGCAGGCAGAGUACAUGGAGCAGACGGACUACUUCUACUACACCAACUCGGAAAAGCUAAAGGCGCAGAUCCUGCGCCUGCCCUACAAGGGCAAGAACUCCAUGUUCGUGCUGCUGCCAUACGCCGUCAACGGCAUUCAAGAGCUGGUCCACAACCUCGAAAACGACGAGCUAAAGGGCGCUCAGUGGGCAAUGGAAGAGGUGAAGGUAAAGGUGACGCUGCCCAAGUUCCACUUUGACUACCAGCAGAACCUCAAGGAGACGCUGCGCAGCCUGGGCGUGCGCGAAAUCUUUGAGGACAGUGCUUCACUGCCGGGUCUAACCCGAGGAGCCGAUGUCGCCGGCAAGGUGAAAGUGUCCAACAUCCUGCAAAAGGCUGGCAUCAAUGUAAACGAGAAGGGAACCGAGGCGUACGCCGCUACCGUUGUCGAGAUCGAAAACAAGUUUGGCGGCAGCACCACCAUCGAGGAGUUCAACGUGAACCGGCCGUUUGUGUUCUUCAUCGAGGAGGAGUCCACCGGAAACAUUCUGUUUGCCGGAAAGGUGCACACCCCCACAAUCCAAAACUAAGCCACCCUUCCGGCAUUAUUUUUAAAUACGCAAUAAAAAUGUAAACAUAACAGAA